UUGAUUUUGACAGUUCAUCAUUGUGAUUAAAUUUCGGUAUUUCCUCGAUUAUUGUUAAUUUUCGAUAAUAUGGGAGAUCUAAUUCUACUGCAAUGCUUGUCAGGCCAUAAAGGUCGUGUCUGGGGUGCUGGUUGGCAUCCACAAGGUAACAUUCUAGCUACUUGCGGUGAAGACAAAACAAUCCGGAUAUGGGCUGAAGACGGAAGUGAUAGCAUGCGAUGGUCGGCUAAGGCAGUUCUUGCGGACGGCCAUACUCGUACGAUACGGUCAGUAGCCUGGUCUCCGUGUGGACAAUACCUGGCAUCUGCUAGCUUUGAUGCAACGGUCGCUAUUUGGGAUAAAAAAUCAGGUGACUUCGAGUGUAACGCAACUUUAGAAGGUCACGAAAACGAAGUCAAAAGCGUUGCCUGGUCGAAGUCGGGCUCGUUGUUGGCCACUUGUAGCAGAGAUAAGUCCGUUUGGGUUUGGGAAGUUGCACAAGAAGACGAAUAUGAAUGUUCUGCAGUGUUAAAUUCGCACACACAAGAUGUGAAGAAAGUAGAAUGGCAUCCUCACGAAGAUUUAUUGGCCUCUGCAAGCUACGAUAAUACAAUAAAGCUCUAUAAAGAAGAUAUAGCAGACAGCGACUGGAGCUGCUUCGAUACCCUAUGUUCGCAUGACUCGACGGUUUGGAGUAUCAGCUUUGAUGUUAGCGGAAGACGGUUGGCUUCCUGUAGCGACGAUCAAACUGUUAAAAUUUGGCAGGAGUACAAGCCAGGCAAUGAGUUUGGUGUAAGCUGCCCGGAUAAUUCUCCUGUAUGGAAAUGUGUUUGUACUCUGUCCGGAUACCACAACAGAAGUGUAUAUGAUGUCAGCUGGUGCAAGCAAACCGGACUCUUGGCCACGGCCUGUGGUGAUGAUAUAAUUCGCAUUUUUAAAGAAGCAGCUUGUUCGAGUCCAAAUGAACCUACUUUCGAGAUGGUAGCUUCAAUUCAUGCUCAUUCACAGGAUGUUAAUACCGUCGAAUGGAAUCCUAUGUUAUCCGGACUGUUGGUUACGACUAGCGAUGACGGAGAUGUCAAGUUGUGGAAGUUUGAACCUGAAGAAUAACUUACAAAUGUUUAAUAUUUGAUGCGAAUAAACGAAAUUGACGUAUUUUCUUUUCUGCUGAAAAUGGACAUGUUUUUAGUCGUUGAAAAAAGCAACGGCUACAUGCAUUUAUUGAGUGAGCUAAGCCUCGACGAAUUAUCUUGAUGCGUUGAGCUUCUUGUACAUCUUAUCCUAAAUGUUUGAUGGUAAUUGAUCAUUCGUUAUGUUAAUGUC